CAAUUUCUUUCUUGUCCUGCAUGAACCAGUUCAAGUUCAAGUGAUCGCAUUCAUCACCUCGUGCUGUCUCUCACCUAUAGUGAUUGAUUGGAAUUACUGUAGCUACUUUCCACAUUGAUACCGUUUCAGUUCUCUGGAUCAGCAUACUCUUGAUACACUACCGCCAAUAUGCCACCCCCCUCCUGGCAGAGGCAUGAAGUCGAACCGCCCGAGCACAUCACCUCCGAGGCCGUUCGGGGGUUUCUUACGGGUGCAUUCCGAUUCGGCUCCGUCUCAAUCAUCGCACACAUGAUCAUGAUUCUCCCACAUCCCUUCAAAUUCUCCCCCGCAUCGUCUGCACCAGUCCCCUCGCAACCGCCCAACUCCGCGCGACCGAAACAGUCGCCGUUCUCCAGAGACUACAUUCGUUCUCGACUGUUCCAUCGGCCCCUGGAGGGCUUCUCCGACUGGCUGUCUCCGGCCUCUCGCGUCUAUCGCGGACUGACGCCGCAGUUCAAAGUCUUCCUGCAAAUCGGGGCCAUGACGCUCGGUGGAUAUAUCUGGGCCGAGAAACGGGUGGAUGAAUACAUCAAGUUCGUGCGCAAGGUGAAGCGGGCGGAGAAGCUUCAGGCCGAGAGAGCUGCCAAGGGUCUCGACUAGGUUGGUAUGUCCUCGUUAACGAUACCCGGAGCGAGGCGGGCUGCGCCGGAUCCAUUUACAGCGGCAGCGACAGUAGCCAGAACGAAGAUAGAAUCGACCAUCUAGACUGACUUGCAAAACCACAGCAUAGCCACUCUUCUAGAUUCAUUUUCUUGUCGGCAAUCUCCAUCCCAUGCUCCACUCUAUGGAAACUACCGUGUUUGAAGGGUUCUCGCGAAACGCACUUCGACCCAACCUGGAACACGCUACCUACCCAAGCCAGCG